UUUUGGUUCAUCCAAAUGCUCCAAGGUAGCAGCUGAGUGGAUUUGAGAUGAUGGAUCUUAAACUGUUAUGGAUAUUGCUCACUACAUCUCUGUUUUUGGUACAGACCCAGGGGUGCUGGCAGCAGGAGAGAGUUGCUCUCUUACAACUCCAUUCUGUUUUCGAUGUUAGCGACUGGAUAGCUGAGAAAGGUUCGAAUUGUUGUCACUGGAAAAACAUUGAAUGCCAUAAUACUAGUGGACGAGUGAAAGGACUUUCUCUUCCUUUAAAAUAUUCAUGGAACCGGGGAGAUUCAUCUUGGUAUCUCGAUGUUUCUUUAUUUCUCCCUUUUAAAGAAUUGAAGAGUCUUGAUUUAUACGGGAAUGGAAUAAAGGAUUUUAUUGAUAACAAAGUACCUUUAUCAACUGCCUUCAGCAAUUUGGAAAUGCUUAUAUUAUCUAAUAAUGAUUUCCAUGACAGUAUUUUAUCAAAAGUGAAGACUCUGCCAAACUUGAAGGUCUUGGAUUUAAGUGACAAUAGGAUGGAAAGUCUCCAGCAUUUACAAGGGAUGAAUGUGGAAGAGCUUCACUUGAGUGGGAAUAGGUUGAAGAACAGUGAUCUGACAUAUAUUAAAGGGCUAAGUGUAAAGUCCUUGAAUAUUGGAGGAAACCUACUGCAAGGAUCAAUUGACAUUGGAGUGUUGAAUAAUAUGACAAAGCUGAGGAAGUUGGAUAUGAGUUUCAAUAAAAUUGAGAGACUUCAAAAUGCUCAAGGAAUGAAUUUGGAAGAGCUUGGCUUGAGUUGGAAUAGGUUGAAGAACAGUGAUCUGACAUAUAUUAAGGGGCUAAGUCUAAAAUCCUUGAAUAUUGGAAGAAACCUACUGCAAGGAUCAAUUGAUAUUGGAGGAGUGUCGAACAAUCUGACAAAUCUGAAGAAGUUGGAUAUGAGUUAUAAUGAAAUUGAGCUUCAAUAUUCUGAUGAACUAGAUGUUUUGAUCAAUUUAGAGGAGUUAGUGUUGGAUGGUUUACAUCUCAACAACAACAUUCUUCAAAACAUUCAUGUAUUGAAUUCUCUCAAAGCCUUGUCUUUGAAUGACUGUGGGCUGACCGGAGCACUACCUACCCAAGGAUGGUGUGACUUACGGAAGCUUGAGGUGUUGGUUCUUAGUAAAAAUGCACUCGAGGCAUGUUUGGCUAACUUAUCAUCUCUUUAUCAUUUGGAUAUUUCCAGUAAUCAGUUCAUUGGAAAUGGUGCCUCCAUUGCUCUAGCCAAUCUCACAUUGCUUAGAUUCGUUUCUCUUUCACAAAACCUAUUUGAAGUUCCAUCCUUUUUCAUGUCAUUUGCCAACCACUCACAUCUCAAAGUCCUCUCCAGCGAUCAAAAUAAGUUAGUCAAAGAGUCUACCAUUCAAACUUGGGUCCCAAAGUUCCAAAUAAAAGUUUUCCGUUUGUCAAAUUGUACAACAAAGGAACUCCACAAUGAAGUUCCCAAAUUCCUCUAUUACCAAUAUGACCUGAGAGCUAUUGAUCUUUCAUAUAAUAAUUUUGGAGGAAAGGUACCUUUGUGGUUGUUGCAGAACAAUACAAGAUUGGGAGCAUUUUCAAUGAAGGGCAAUUCUUUUAUCAACCGUGAUCUCCAGUUCCCUUCACAUCCAAAUCCAUACAUGUCCGUUGUUGAUCUAUCUGAAAAUAAAAUACAGGGUCAAAUUCCGACAACAUUUGUUCAAUUUUUCCACAACUAUGGGGGUUAUUUAUCUAGCAAUAUCCUUGAAGGUAAUAUUCCUCCUUGUUUGGGUAGUUUAAAAAGUGGGAACAAUGAGUUAUAUUUAGAUCUAUCACAUAAUCAGUUAUCUGGGGGAAUACCAGAAAACUUGGCUAAAAGUGACUCAUUAGUGUUUCUUAGACUAUCGAAUAAUCAUCUGAGUGGGAGGAUAAUUCCAACUAUCUUUAGCUCACAUUCAUUACGUCGGUUAUAUUUAGAUGGCAACAAUUUUGAUGGGAGGUUACCUAGUAUUGAUGUCACAAUUGUCCGUCUAUCUCCUAUUGAGGAUAUGGUUUUGAGUAAUAACAACUUGUCUGGCGAGCUCCCAAGAUGGAUAUCAAAUCUAUUAGAUUUGAGGGAAUUGGCUUUAUCCAACAAUCAACUUGAUGGUCCCAUUCCAAUGGAUUUGUGCCAUCUAAAUCACCUCAAUAUUUUGGACCUUUCCCAAAAUAAUUUCUCUGGCCCAAUACCAUCUUGCUGCGGUGCACAAUCUAUUAAACAUCUCCAUUUGAAUGGAAAUAGAUUAAGUGGGACAUUGGGAAAUGCAUUCUUUAACUGCUCCUCUUUGGUGACUUUAGACAUUAGUGAAAACCAGUUGACUGGUGAAAUUCCAAAUUGGAUUGGUACUCUUUCGGCUUUACGUGUCCUCCUCCUCAGGGCCAAUCUUUUUACCGGUGAAAUUCCUAUUGAGUUAUGCAAAUUGCACUCAUUAAGCAUCAUGGAUCUUUCUCAAAACAAUCUUUCGGGUCCAAUACCUUUUUGUUUGAGUAAUUUAACUCUUGAGCCAAGUGAUGAAAAAUCUUCAGCAAAAACGGAUUUGCCAUUUCUUCUAUUAGACUGGGACAUAGCUAACUAUAGUGAAUCGGGCGAAUUUGAAUGGAGCAUUAGAAGCGGACUUUUUACAACGGAUGUACCUUUAUUAAUUGUGAAUCAAAGGGAAGAAAAGGUGGAUUAUACGACAAAGAGAGCAUCUUACACAUACAAGGGAAACAUUCUUACGUAUAUGUCUGGAAUUGAUUUGUCAUGUAAUAGGUUAACAGGUGAAAUCCCCCCUGAGAUUGGAAAUUUGAGUGAAAUUCGUUCAUUAAACUUGUCGCAUAACAAUUUGUCUGGACAUAUACCAUUCAUGUUCUCAAGGCUUAAUAAAAUUGAGAGUUUGGACCUUUCUCACAACAACCUAAGUGGAAUAAUCCCUACUGAAUUGACGAAGUUGUAUACCUUGGAAGUUUUCAAUGUGUCAUACAACAACUUGUCAGGGAGUAUUCCAUCUCAGAAAGCUCAAUUUGCGACCUUCGAUGAAAGCAGUUACAUGGCAAAUCCUUUUCUUUGUGGACCUCCCCUGCCUAAAGAUUGCAGCGAGCCUAAUUCACUCUCGACAACAACACCAAAUGCCUCAAAUGAUGAAGAAGAAAGUGGUUUGAUGGACAUGUAUGUUUUCCAGAUGACCUUUUUUGUUUCUUAUGUAAUUGUAUUAUUGGUUAUUGCUGUCAUCCUGUAUAUAAAUCUAUAUUGGCGACAAGCUUGGUUUUAUUUCGUUGAACACUGCAUCAAGACUUGCCAAUAUUUUAUUGAGGACAAUCUUCCACGAUUUUCCAUCUUAAAAAGAAGCAAGUAGCCUUGUGCUUUGCUGGUUUACAUUUGUAUGUAUCAAUUUUCAUGCUUUUCUGUUAUAUUCGAAGUUUGUUUCGGUUAUCUACUUUGACCUUUCUAAAGCUAGACUGUAAUAUUUCUGUUCUCUAAUAAUUGAUUUUAUAAUGAGAAAAGCAUAUGUACCUUUAUGCAA